AUGGGUCCAAGGGACCCCACGGCUGGUCCGUCACAAGGAGGUCUGUUCCAUCAGCCAACUUUAGAUGCGCUGCAGAGAUCGUCACUGUCUUGCCAGCUGUGCGCAUUUUUCUGCUCCGCACUCGAACGAAGCAAUACUGGCGAUGAAAUCCCACAGGAGUACAGCGUGCGGAAGGGGAGUUGCAUCCGCCUGAUUGCCGGGACGACGGCUUUCUCCAAUCUGUCGACACCCAAAGGGCUGUUCCAGAUGCUGAUCUGGUCCCGUUGGAGUAGCUUCGCCAAACCAGGAUACUUGAAUAUCACGACUGAGCCUGGCGAUCCUCUGGCUCUUGCCGGGGAUGUGGUCGGAAGACAAGUCCCUGAAAGCUGCGAGCCUGUUGGAUGUGCCCAUCGAAUCAAGAAGUGGCUUAGCGAUUGUGAAACUGGACACCAAAAUUGCCGGAAUCCACUGGUGAUGUCCGAGAAGACGCCCUUUCAAACGCGCGAUUCGCAAGUUCUUGAAGACCCUUUGCAUCACUUGCCGCUACCUCCAAGGCUUAUCGACGUAGGCGGCAUUUCUUCAGCGACUCUGCGGCUCAAGGAGACUGACGGCUUGUACGGGCGAUAUUGUGCGUUAUCCUACAGCUGGGGCCGGUCCAAGUCUUUUCGAACGCACAGAGCCACCUAUCAAGAUAGAAUUCGUGGCUUUCGACUUGAGGAUCUUCCGACCACUAUCAGAGAUGCUGCCUGCUUGACCCAGAACUUGGGUUUCCAGUAUCUGUGGGUGGACGCUCUCUGUAUUGUACAAGAUGAUAGAGAUGACUGGGCUAAGAACUCAGCUAUUAUGGAUGAGAUCUAUGGUUUUGCGACUCUCACCAUUGCUGCUUCCGUGUGUGAAGACAAGUGGCAACCCCUGUUUCGAAAAAGAACACAAGCUGAAAGUGUCCAGAUUUCCUCACCUUGUUCUAAUGACAGCUCCCGGUAUGGAACCAUGACACUGUCCCAUUCGGAUGGCCUAUUUGACGACAUCGUCAAGGCGUCUCGGCUCGCUUGUCGAGCAUAG